AUCAAUCCACCCCUCAAAAUCUCUCAAAUGGGCAUCACAAGAAUUGUCGUCCUCCUUUAUCUGCUGUCGAGCCUCUGUCAAGCAGCGACAUUAACGUCGUCGUCCCAUAGCUCGAACCCGAACCGCACCGAUCUCGAAGCUGCCAUCGAAGACAUGAGGGCCAAAUCCUUCUACGGCUUUGCCAUCCUUCUCCAAAUGCUGAAUGCCACCACGCAGCUGGCCCUGCGGGACAUCACCUUCUUCAUCCCCCGCGAUGCUCAGCUCUCGAACAUCUCGAUCGCCGUGGGGCGCCUCGAGGCGUUCGUGUUCAGCCAUUUCAUCGCAAUGCCGCUGCAGUUCUCCGACCUGAUACGCUUUCCAACGGGAUCCAUGGUCCCCUCGGGCGUGCACAACAGGAUGAUCAGAGUGCAUAACCAUGGACGAGCACACUUUCUUGUGAACAAUGCUGAAGUCACUGUUCCUAAUGUUUGUGCUACUCACACUGUUAAGUGCCAUGGAGUUAAUAGGGUCAUUGAUUAUGGCCAUGCUAAUUUAGCUUCUUAAUUACUAAUUGUUAUCUCAUAUCAGGAUUCAUGGUUAGCUACUUCUUCUAGCCUUUGGGUUUAGGCCAAAAUUGGUUUCUCAUUUUUGUUAUUGGAAUAAAGUUCAAUGAAAUUAUCAACGGGCGUGUACUUCUCUCUUUCUAUUUGUAUUUGUAUUCUCGAGAUCAUCUAUCUCUAACCACCAUUGAAAUUUUUUACAAGUUGGAAAGGCAGUG